ACGCGCGCUGCCAUUCGGCUGUCAAUCACCAUGUCCCAGCCGGUGAUUCCCAGCCAGCACCCGGCAAAUACCGAGUAUCACCGACAGGGGUGAGACCUGUGUAUAAACAACACAGAUCUCUCCCGUCAGCUACUGCACACUGCUUUGAAUGGCUCUACAUAGCAGAUCCAUUGUAAAGCACACACACAGCACAGUGAAACAGCACAUAGUUAACCCUUUGAUCGCCUCACAUGUUAACCCUUUCCUGCCCAGUGCCAUUAGUACAGUGUCAGUGCUUUUUAUUAGCACUGAUCACUGUAUUGGUGUCACUGGGGAUAUCAAGGACACCAAGUCAGUUCCCCCCAGUGUCAGAAUGCCCGCUGCAGUCCCGCUAUAAGUCGCUGA